GUGAUUCGAGAAGCUGUCAAGGCUGUAGGCUACGACAGCGAUGAGAAGGGCUUGGACUGGAGGACGAUGAAUGUCAUUGUGGCAGUCGAAGACCAGGGCCCAGACAUUGCAGCUUCUUUGGCAAGUCAGCGGCCAAAGAUCACUGACGACCAGGCCAUAGUCGUCGGUUAUGCCACAGACGAGACCGAGGAAGCGAUGCCGAUGUCUCACGCCCUGGCCACGAAGAUGUGCGGGCAGAUGGAUCAGCUCAGGCGAGAUGGAGUGCUGACGUGGCUUCGACCAGAUGCUCGCGUGCAGGUGACCAUGGAGUACAAGGCUGACUCGGAUGGUGCACUGCUUCCCCAACGUGUGCACAGCAUUUCCGUCAUCUACAGCCACAUACCAGAGGUGAAGCCUGCAGCUGCAGAGAAAGACCUCACCGAGCAGGUUGUCAACGUUGUGGUUCCCGAGCGGUUUCUUGAUAGAUUUGCCAUGACCACUAUCAUCGACUGA